AAGGAAGUGAUCAUUUUGGUUUCACACAGCCCACUAGACCAAGGCUAUCUUGCCAAAAAGUAAACAUUAGUUGAGAGGUGAAACUUCGACAUUAAAUGCGUCGCAGCGUGCAGGUUGCAGUAUUAUAACCUGGCCAUAAGCCAAUCAAUGAACAACCCUUUGGGCACCGCCAUCAUCCGAACGGGCCUGAUAAGCAGAAACUACUUGGAAGAUAAUGUACCAGUAUAAACCGCUGAUAAGAAAUCGCCCCGACAUGUGCCGCGGGCUAUAAAUACCGGAUCCGGAGCGAAGUGCGGACACACAAACGAAUCGUGCGCGCAAAUGAGCUGAACAACCAGAGUUUGGAACGAAAAAUCCAAAAAAAUAUAGAGCAUACUCUAUAUUGAAAGCAACCCAACUGUGAUAAUAAAACCAAAUACGACGUACAACCUGCAAAAAUCAAACAUGUCUGCUGCCAAUAAGGUCAAUCACUUGGUGGGAGCCACCAGUCGCUUCAUUGCCGGACGUAAUGCCGUCCAGACGGUCUACUGGCGCACCUCGGCCGGACCCAAUCCCCGGAUGGUGAAGACGAACAAGUUCUGCGAAUUCGAUCGCUCCCAGAAGGCUCCCCAGAGCGUGAGGCUGCAGAAGUACAAUCGCAGCUUCAUCGGCAAGGAGGCCUAGUUCCGGAAUUCCAGGAUGUCUUCAGUUCCGGCCUUGAGAUGUUCCUAAUCUUCAUUUUUUUUUUUCAAAGAGCACUAUGCAUAUAUUUCUGAAAGUGCGUAAUACGAGUAUUUUCUGAGGCGAUAAAUGUCGAGCUAAGUGCCUCAAGCAAAUCGAAUCUAAAUGGAGCCAGCGCUACGAUUUUUCAUGUACCUUGGCAUAGAAAACAUAUAACAAAGAUUAAAUAAAUGCAUUCUAGAGCGUAGAUAAUAGAAAUACUAAAA